AUGUUUUCUGUCCUCAGCGCCAAUGAACCUAGUAACAUGUCUUACGUGAAAGCCACCGUGGACAAGCUCCUGAAGGGCUAUGACAUCCGACUGCGGCCUGAUUUUGGAGGCGCCCCCGUGGAUGUUGGCAUGAGCAUAGACAUUGCCAGUAUUGACAUGGUGUCUGAAGUCAACAUGGACUAUACCAUCACCAUGUACUUCCAGCAGUCCUGGAGAGACAAGCGUCUCUCCUACACAGGAAUUCCUCUCAAUCUCACCCUGGACAACCGAGUGGCAGAUCAGCUGUGGGUCCCUGACACCUACUUCAUUAAUGACAAGAAGUCCUUUGUCCACGGGGUGACAGUGAAGAAUCGAAUGAUCAGACUGCACCCUGAUGGAACCGUGCUCUAUGGUCUCAGGAUCACCACAACAGCUGCCUGCAUGAUGGACCUGCGCAGAUACCCACUGGAUGAGCAGAACUGCACCUUGGAGAUUGAGAGCUAUGGAUACACCACUGAUGACAUCGAGUUCUACUGGCAGGGAGGAAUCAACGGAGGCUCAGUCACUGGGGUGGAGAACAUUGAACUGCCCCAAUUCUCCAUCAUAGACUACCAAACCCUCUCCAAGAAAGCUGUUUUUGCCACAGGCUCCUAUCCACGUCUGUCCCUGAGCUUUAAGCUGAAGAGGAACAUUGGAUACUUCAUCCUGCAAACCUACAUGCCCUCCAUUCUGAUCACCAUCCUGUCCUGGGUCUCCUUCUGGAUCAACUAUGAUGCCUCGGCUGCCAGAGUAGCCUUAGGUAUAACCACGGUUCUGACCAUGACCACUAUCAAUACCCACCUAAGGGAGACUCUGCCCAAGAUCCCCUAUGUCAAGGCCAUUGACAUUUACCUCAUGGGUUGCUUUGUCUUUGUCUUUCUGGCCUUGCUGGAGUAUGCCUUUGUCAACUACAUCUUCUUUGGCCGUGGUCCCCACCUGCAGAAGAAGGUAGCAGAAAAGGCCGCGAAGUCCAACAAUGAGAAUAAGAGCAGGCUGGAGAGCAACAAAGUGCAGGUGGGAAAAAGGGUUUCAGCCCUAAAAAGAGCCAACAAAAUAAAGUUAAUGAAAUCUGAUAACCUCCUUCAGGUUGAUGCUCAUGGCAACAUCCUCCUGACCAACCUAACCAGUGAGAUGGGUGGAGCAGAUAUGAUGGGUGCUCUCAACGACCCUCGGGCUACUAUGUUCUCUUACGACAGUGCCAGCAUACAGUACCGCAAACCCAUAACCAGCCGAGACCUGUACGGACGACCAGCCAUCGACCGGCCAAUGUGUCAUAAGAAGGGCCGCUUGAGGAGAAGGGCCUCACAGCUCAAAGUCAAGAUCCCCGACCUCACAGAUGUUAAUGCCAUAGACAAGUGGUCUCGUGUCGUCUUCCCAAUCACAUUCACCUUCUUCAACCUGGUCUACUGGCUUUACUAUGUCCACUAG